UGGUUUGUAUAACCAGAAAAUUCGSUGAUUCCUGCAAGAAAUGCUCUUGGCAGCCAGAAGGUCAAACCUGUUGACUACAAACAUCUGUAUGAACUUGCUGCCCAGGCAAAAAUGGCCUCUGCACAAAUUCAGCUGAAGAUUAAAAAAACAGAGCAAAUGUCAAAAAUUAGCAAAGAGCAAAUGCUGCUGAAACAGCAUCGUCAGGUGUGGUGGCAAGAGCAUAAAAGAUUGACUGAGAGCAGACAAAAAGCAGAAGGAGAAAUGAAGACUUUUCUUGAUGAAGAAAGCCAUAAGGACAACUAUUUUUUUGAUUUGAGGGACUUGGAGCAGAAGUUGUCCAAGGAGAGGGACACUUAUCAAACAAACACUUUAGUUCCUGUCUGGCAACUGAAGGAGGAUUUGAAAUUCCAGCUGGCUGAAAUGCAGCAUUCCCUCUCCAAAGAAUCUCUGGGCAAACCCAGGAUCAAUUCCRUUGAGGUGUUACAGCAGAUCAAAUUUGUGAAGAAGCAACAGAAGGCACUUUUGGAAGGUCUUAUCCUUGAAAGUCUGGCUUUGGAAAGAGAACUCGAGGAAUAUAAAGAAAAUGCAUCAGUGAACUCUUCUGAAGAGAAAAACGGAGUGUUCCUUGCAAUYCCCCCCGAGCUGCUGUGUCUGGARUGCCCUGACCCCGAGCUGAAGGCUYUGGUGAUCAGAGAGUACCAGGAGCUCUCCAGUGGGGUCUGGGGGAAGCUCCAGGAGGUGGAUCAGCAGCUGGAAGCUUUGUCCAGGAGCAGUGGCUGGAAGGAAGAAGAUCAGUGGGUUUUCCAGACUGUCAUCAAUCAGUACCCGAGUGAUCUCCAGAGGAGGAGGGCUUUGUACCUGGAUAUGCUGCAGAGAUWCCUUCCCCACAAAUCCAGGCAUGAGCUGGUCGCUCAGGAGAAGGCUCAGGCUGCUGUCCAUUCCAUCCGCAGCCAGCGCAGAGCGCUGCUGUUAAGCUGGGCUCAGCAAAGCCGAGCCUUUGUCCUGAGAGCUGUGGCUGCUGCUGCUGAAGCCUCUGCUGCCCACGAGGCACAAGUGCUGCUGGCUGAUUCCAGGCAAAAACAGCUGCAGAUCUGUGCUGAGCUGAAAACAAAGGUUCUGCAGUGGAARGCACAGCAGGAAGAAGCUGCUAAACUAGAAGCUGCAGUGGCUGCCAGAAGGAAAGAAAAGGAAGAUGAGAGAGAAAGGCUACAGAGAGAACAGGAAACGAUUCGUAGAGCUCAGGAUAAAGAUAAACUGAAAAAAUACUGGGCUGAAAAAGAGCUAAAGUGGCAAGAGCAGGAGGAGAGAGAUCUACAACAUCUGGAGGAGCUGAGAAAAUUAAUGGCAGAACAAGCAGCCAAAGACAGAGAAAGGGUGCGGUUCCGCCGGGCGCUGCUGGAGCAGCGGCUGCUGCAGAAGAAGGAGCUGGAGCUGCUGCAGGCCCGGCAGGAACAGGAGAAGGAGAAGCGUCUGGAAGCGCUGCGGCAGCAGGUUGCCAUUGUUGCAAAAGUGGAUCCAGCCAGAGCCGUGGCCGACACGGUGGCGUCCAGAGCUCGSAUGGGCAUCGGAGCCAACGAGGAGUUGGAGCUGCAGCAGCCACUGUUCAAACUGCACACGUACACUGAGGAGCAGGUCAUUUCUGACCCCAGGCUCCGUGUUGAGCUCGCUCUGCGAGAAGCUGGACUGCAUAAAACCCCUUAUGCCAGAGAGGUUUUGUCAAAACUUCCCCCACCAAAGCUUCCAAGAAGAGACAUGGAAUCUACAGCUUUYAAUGUGUAGAACACCUCUCAUCKGAGGGGCAGAGGAACRUUGGGGGUCUGGUUUGGUGCACAACGUGUGAAYCUUCAAUAAAUUCCCUUUGGUUGURUCCUGGAAGGGCUCAGUGCUGUGUGUGCAGCCAUUCCAAAGCUCUCCAAGCCUUKCUGAGCUGUGCUGGGUCACAUUUACCUUCCUGCUGCAGGUUUGGAGAGGUUGGGCUGUGGGCUGGUGUGGUGGGAUUGCCCAUGAGCCUUUCAGCUGGAGCUGGGACCCCUGUGCACAAGGACACAGAGCACAGGCCAGUCUGAUGUGCAGCACCUUGAGUAGGAAUUCUGAGGAUUUAAUUGGCAGCAGAAGUCCAAAAUAGCUUUGCGCAGCAGUUACUUUGGAUUUUAUUAUGUUACAUGAAUAAAUCCCACAAUUUUCUUUCCAAGUUUCUUGAGAAUUURAUUAUUUUCAUUAUAAAAUCUUCAYUGCCSUUAAUGUUUCUCAUAUUCCUUG